AAAAGGGGUUUAUUUGUUGAUUCGAAAUAUCAGUCAACAGCGGAAGCCACAAAGAGGAGAAAACGCGAAGCAGAGACCCACUACUCUCUCUCUCUGUAAGUAUUUCGGAACCCAUUUCCCCCCUUACAAAUCCUUCCUUUUAUCGGAUUCUGGGGCUCUCUGUUCCCCUGUUCUCGCUUGGCCUUUUUUGUAUCUCGUCGCCAUUCCAAAUCCCCACCCUUCGCUUUCGUGUUUUUGUUUUCAAUUUCAAAUUGAACCCUAAGACUGACUUGGCCGGAAGAAUUCCGACGGAUAUGUGUUGAUUGUUGCUUAAUUCGCUCUCUUUUUUGACUGGGGAUUUUUUAGAAUCGUUUUCGGAACGGGAUUUCAGAUCUUCGGUAUUGAGUGUUCUGGUCGUUCGGGUGUUUGGAUUCAAAUCUGGGGUCAAAGCACGCUGACUAGGUUUUCCGGAAUCGCCGAUUAUAUGUUCGAUUACGCUUCUUGGUGUUUUGUUGAAUCAAAUGAGUUCAGGACAGGGUUCUGGGAUGAGUCUGCUUACUGUUUAGACGAAAAGGGUGGCUUUGGUUUGCUUGGUUCAUUUCGUUUAUGCUGGUAAAGUGCCUGCUAUGAUUACUGCUUCCUCCGGUUUACAUGGGAAAAAUGGAGUGCUUUCUGGAUUGAUAGAAUUGUAGUAGCGCUCAACAACUUUUGGAGGCCAAAGAAAAGAGCGUUUUACUUUUCUGUUACUUUAUAGGUUUAUAUGAAUUAUGAUCAAACAGAUAUUUAGUAAGCUUCCCCGAAAAUCAUCGAAGAAUGCUGAGAGUAGGGAACAUGGUGGAGGCCAUACGGCACCUUCUACUGCUUAUGCUUCUGCCAGUUCAAGAAGUAAUGAUUUAGCAUCUGGCAAGUCAGCAAAUUUGGUUUCUUCUUUUCCAGCCACGAACCCUGUCCAAGAUGUUGGGAAAAAUCAUGGUAGCAAGGCUAAUAAAGGUGCAAAUACAAAACUGAAUGGAAUUCCCACAUCUUCGUAUGAGCCAUUGCCCGGGUUUAGGGAAGUUCCAAACUCUGAAAAGCAGAAUUUGUUUGUUAAGAAACUGAAUCUAUGCUGCUUUUUGUUCGACUUCAGUGACCCAACAAAGCACCUUAAAGAGAAGGAGAUCAAGCGACAAACUUUGUUGGAGAUUGUGGAUUAUGUAACUUCUGUCAAUAGCAAGUUUACUGAAAUUGUCAUUCAGGAAGUUAUAAAAAUGGUCUCCCUUAAUUUAUUUAGAACAAUGAGCCCUCAAUCGCGCGAGAACAAAAUUGUGGAAGGUUUUGAUUUGGAGGAGGAGGAGCCGUCCAUGGAUCCUGCAUGGCCUCAUUUGCAAAUUGUUUAUGAAUUCUUUCUCAGAUUUGUGGCCUCACCUGAGAUGGAUGCGAAAUUGGCUAAAAGAUACAUCGAUCAUUCAUUCAUUCUGAAACUGCUGGAUUUGUUUGACUCUGAAGAUCCUAGAGAAAGAGAAUACUUGAAAACUAUUCUGCACCGUAUCUAUGGGAAGUUUAUGGUACACCGACCUUUUAUUAGAAAAGUCAUAAAUAACAUAUUUUAUCGAUUUAUUUUCGAGACAGAAAAGCAUAAUGGGAUAGCUGAACUCUUGGAAAUUUUGGGAAGCAUCAUCAAUGGGUUCGCUCUUCCUCUUAAAGAAGAGCACAAGUUAUUCCUUAUUCGUGCUUUGAUUCCUUUGCAUAAACCAAAAUGCCUAGCUAUGUACCAUCAGCAGUUAUCAUACUGCAUCACACAAUUUGUUGAGAAAGAUUGCAAGCUUGCUGAUACAGUCAUAAGAGGUUUAUUGAAGUAUUGGCCAGUUACAAAUAGUUCAAAAGAAGUAAUGUUCCUCAGUGAGUUGGAAGAAGUAUUAGAAGCUACUCAACUUCCAGAGUUUCAGCGCUGUAUGGUACCCCUGUUUCGCCGGAUUGCUCGGUGUCUAAACUGUCCACAUUUUCAGGUAGCAGAAAGGGCGCUAUUCUUGUGGAAUAAUGAUCACAUUGAAAAUUUGAUCAAGGAAAACCGCAAGAUCAUACUGCCCAUAAUCUUUCCAGCUCUGGAAAAGAAUGCCAGAAGUCACUGGAAUCAGGCUGUUCAUAGCUUGACUUUGAAUGUCCGGAAGAUAUUUUAUGAUCUUGAUCCUGAUCUUCUCAAGGAAUGCUUAGUCAAGUUUCAGGAAGACGAAUUGAAGGAAAAUGAGGUAAAAGCAAGACAAGAAGCCACAUGGAAACGUCUAGAGGAGCUUGCUGCGAAGAAAGCUGCAAGUAAUGAAGCCGUGCUUGUUUCUCAUAAAUUACCCACUGGAACAGCAUCAAUUUAGUGAGAGUAAGAGAUAUUUACUUCCAUUUACCCGACCUUUGUUGAUUGUGAUGAAGUAUGCUGUAGUAGCAUAUAGUCUAGGUCAAAUAUCCAUGGAUCGUUGAUUUGUCACCUGCUAUAUGAUAAUAUCUUGUGGGGUUCUUUUCUGUCCAAAAACCAUAGUCCAUUAUGCAAAUUCUUUAUAACUUUUCCUGCGUGCUGUUCUUAAAUCCUUUAUGUAGCCGGUCCAUGCCUUACACAGAUUAUCGAGCAGUAUGUUAUUC